GGUCGACUAAAUGAGGUGACGACUCCAGAAAUGGUGAAGAAAAUCCACAAAGCGGUAAUGGAUGAUUGUCGACUGAAAGUGCGCGAGCUAGCAGAUAUAGUAGGCAUUUCAAAAAGUACGGUACAUCGCGUAUUAGCUGAAGAUUUGGAAAUGAGAAAGCUGUGUCCAAGAUGGGUGCCGCAUUUGCUUACACUCGUCCAAAACCAGUGUCGUGAAGAGGUUUCAAUUGAUUAUUUAGCGAAUAAUGAAUCAAUGUUUGAAUUGCUACCUCAUGCACCCUAUUCGCCAGAUUUAGCCCGCUACUAUUUUCUGUUCCCCAACUUCAAAAAAUGGCUCCGUGGUCAAAGAUUUUCUAGCGAUGAAGAAAUGAUGUCGGCAGUUAAUGGCUAUUUUGAGGAGCAAGACAGUUCUUAUUAUAAAAGGGGGAUCGAACUUAUUGAGCGUCGCUGGGAAAAGAGUAUAUAGCUGAAAGGAGAUUAUGUUUAGAAAUAAAUAUAUCUUUUCCCAAAAUUUUUGUGUUUUCUUUGUUAGGUCGGGUACUUCUGGGACCACUCCCGUAAAGUCACCAUGGAAGGGCAUAUCAGUAUGAAAAGUAGAUAUGUGCUAAUAGAGUAUGUACGAUAUCUCUCAAGUGGGAAUAAGGUAGAAGGAAAUGAGAACAGUUACAGGAAGAAGGAAAAAAUAGCAAAUAUAACAAAUAAAUUUAUAAAUUAAAGUCAUACAUUCUAAAAUCGGUCUUAAUUUAAAAAAGUUAUCUAUAUUCAUACAAAAGUUUGAUUACACAUG